AGGUUAGGAGCUUGUGACGAAAAUUCCAAAAAAAUCACAUUUUCGCGGGCGGUACAUGAGAACAGACACAGCGACGAUGCGAGCGAAUAUUGAUGUGAUUGAGGUUAUGUCGUGUUUAUUUACGUUUUGUUGACACCUGCACUUGCUGCACUCGUUUCAUCUCGUUAUUUUUUGGAGUAACCCAAGAAAUUGAUAUAAAAGUGGAUAAAAAAUCCUGAAAAAUGCCGAAAGUCGUAUCUAGGAGUAUAAUAUGUUCAGACACGAAGGAUCAGGAGGAGUACAGUGAAGAGAAGCCCUUGCACAUCUAUUAUUGUUUGUGUGGACAGAUGACGUUGAUUCUUGAUUGUGCCAUCGAAAAAUUACCUCUGAGAAAACGUGAUGGAGCCCGAGUGAUUGAUGGCAGUAAACGCGCUCACAAGAUGACGUGUGAGCAGGACGAAACAGUAUUCUUAAAACGUCAGGAGGGAAUUGAAAAGCAGUAUCGACAGAAAUGCAAGAAAUGUGGACUGUUGUUGUAUUAUAAGCACGAUCCUUCGGCGAAUAUUGUGUUCGUGGUGAAAGGAGCUGUAAUCAAGAGUUCGGGAGAAGGCCCGAUGACUGAUAUAUACAAUCAAGUGGCUGUUGAAAAACCAAAGAAAAUCAUGGUCACCAAGCACACUAAAAAUAUGGGGAAAUUCAGCUCGGUCACAGUGUCUACUAUAGAUGAAGAGGAGGAUGAAAUUGAAGCGAGAGAAGUCGCUGAUUCUUACGCCAAUAAUGCAAGAAUUAUUGAGAAACAAUUGGAGCGAAAGGGAAUGACGAAAAGGAAAACAAUGCCGCCGCCCGAAGUGGAUCCCUCCAAGAGAUCGAGACCUCGAGGAACUCUCCUAGACGUUUAAUAACUAUUAAAAAUAAAUUGAUGAAGACAACUUUGGGAGAAAAAAUGUUUCGUAUUUUGUUAAAUAUCUAAUGCAACUUACAAAUGUUUUUCUGUUUGUGUUUAUAGUCUGUAUCGAAUAUUAUAAUUUCGUAUGAAUAA